AACUAUACAGUUAUGUUCUUCACCAUGCAUAAGCGAAUAUCAUUUUUUGAAAUUCUUCACAAGGUACACAGGUUUGAAAGAUAACACCGGUGAUGCUUUGUUAAAUUUAACUGAACCAGUGUACAGGUUUAAUGUUGGAUUGAAAGCAAUCUGUUCAGUAAUUUAUUUGCUUGACGAGUGUUCGGUAAUUUUUCAUUCUCGCUGAAACAUCAAACAUAGAAGAUAGCUCAGUAAAAAUUUACAAAGUGUUUAUCAAAAAUUGCUGCAUGAGUCGGUAUUUACAAUGCUGACUAUUCGUCACGAAUUACCGAGCGUUUUGUAAACGUACAGCGAAAAGAGAAAAAUAGAUACGACUAUUAUGAAAGCGGCUAUUACAACUGAUGUAUAAUUUUAUAAAGUUGACUACGAUUCGAGCGACACGGGUUUUAUUUAGCGUUCCAAGGGAUAUCACAAGGGCGACGAGUGGAUCCGAAUUCACGGAAACCAGUAAAAAAAGGUGAAGUUUCGUUUAUUCGUAUCAAUCAAGUGCAGUGAAAUAACUAAGGACGAAGGUGAGAUAAAACGAGUAAGACGACAGAUCCGAUAAAGUUUACUGAUAGGGGCCUGUGGAUAAAAAUCGAAUUUCGCAGUUUAGAUUUGUGUAUUAAUGAGGAAUUGCUGCAGGUGAUUCCUGUUAGUCCUACUGGAUAUGUUUCGAUUUCAGACAAUAAAGUUUACAAACGGGUAUGUUUGGAAUUGAGCUUGGGCGUCGUUUUCGAAAAAAUGGCUACCAGCAGAAGGGAGAACAACGAGGUCCUGUGAAAGUUAUCGUGAAUAAAAGAGAGCGAGCUACAAUGAAUCAGCUGAUAAAAAAGUUACUGCAACUGUGUGCAACACAAAAAUUCUGGGCGAAUAAAUUGAAACUCGCAACUGUGUGCGUAAACGAUGAUUGAAGUGAGAGCAUGGCAGAGGCCUAAGUGAAAUCCUGGUACAAAAUUAUUACCGCAACUGUGUGCGGUGAUUCGAUCUGUGCGAAAAACUUGGCAACUGUGUGCGUAAACGGUGGUUGAAACGAGGGUGUAAGUAAGGGUAAAUGAAAUCCUGGUAGAGAAUUAUUUCCGCAACUGUGUGCGAUGAUUUGAUCUGUGCAAAUAAGUUCGCAACUGUGUGCGUUAACGAUGAUUGGGUAAAACAGAUGCGAGGUAGUAGCGGGAAAAGCAAAACUCGGUCUAGGAUAGAAGCCGCAACUGUGUGCGACAAAAUAACUUGUGAGACUAGUGAAUUUGCAAUUGUUUGCGUAAACGAUAGUAGGAGAGAGAGCAGCCAUGGUGUAGUUGGAAGUAAAUGUCGAGGCCUGAUAUAGAAGGGGUGCCAUAACUGCGUGCGAUGGCAUUAAUUUUGUAGAGAGAAACGGAAUGUUACGCAACUGUGUGCAUGUACAAAGGGGUAACUAGUAGCACACAACGAAGAGUGCUGCAUCGAGGAUGAAUAUCGUAACUGUGUGCGUGAUGCGGUAGUUGUAAGAAACUACGGGUAAAAAAACAUUGAAAAGAAAACAAACACAUUUUUUUUAAUACGGCAAAUCAUUUUUAUCCACCUAUUCCCUUUCAGUUAGCAACAAUUGUUAGAAAAUAAUAAUAAAUAAAUGUGUUUCUUUCACUUUGUUUUGUUUAAAAAUGGAUUCAUUUCGACGUAUGAGACCAUUCAAAUUAAUGGCAGAUAGAUCUAGGCUACCUGUAGAGUGGCAGAAAUGGAAGCGUGAGCUGGAAAGAUAUUUUGAGGCCACCGGUAUUACCUCACAAUGGAAAAAAAGAUUUAUGAUGAGAUUAUGCGUCACAUGUCCAGACGGAUUUACCAAAAACCUGAAGAGAGGUUUGCGGAUUUUGUCCUUCGGCUUCGCAUACAGGCAAAACGAUGCGAGUUCGAUCGGUACGAUUUGAGAGAAACAGAUGACAGAAUUGUAGAACAGAUAAUAGAGGCGUACACGUCAACGGAUCUGAAAAAGCAGAUUUUGGAAAAAGACAUGACUCUUGACGACAUAUUGUCCCUCGGUAGUACCUUGGCUGAUGUACAACAGCAAAUCAAGGAAUUUGAUCGACAAAAUAUUGAAAAAAUAUCUUCCUCAAACGUUACCAAAAUUUCUUCGAUGCCGUAUAGGUAUGUGCGUGGUGCAGCUCAUAAUAUGCGUGGGAGAAACUACGAUAGAUCCUCAGGUAGGGCAUGUUUUGCUUGCGGCCGUAGAGGACACGUUAAAGGUGACAUUUUGUGCCGUGCCAAGGAUGCCAAAUGUAACAAAUGCGGAGAGAUAGGCCAUUUUAUCAAUCGCCCAAUGACUGGACCAAACCCAACAAAACGUAUUCGAUGUGCAAAUGAGGACGAUAAGGAUACAUAUGAUAAGGGACGUGUUUUUUCGCUAUGGGGCGAAACACUUUCGAAUUUGUUGUAGGAGGUAUCAGAAUCACCAUGAUCAUAGACUCAGGAGCUGACCGAGGGGCAAGACAGCUAUUUUCUGAGUCACUCAAAUCCGUUAGAGUUAUUCUAGUUUACUCAAAUUACCUCAUUUACAUCUACUUCUGAAUAAAUCUUCAAAUAUAAAUGGUAGGAAUGAAAAUGGCUCUUGCAAAGGUGCCAAAAACUAUCAGUAUGAAUGCGAUUGAUAUGAAAAUAAUUUGCAGGAUGUAGAAUAGUGUUUCGCCACAUUUUGCUACAGAAGUAAGUGUGUAGUGUACCAAAAUAUUGAGUGAUUCAAUGGGAAAUUAUUUACAUUGACGAAGGUAUCAAAUAAAUCGAACAAUAAAAUAAUGUUAUUGGCACUUGCUCUAAGUAUAUAUUUUGCGAACAAUCCGUUAAAUUUGGCAUCCCUGGCGUUCAUUUGAUCUGGACGAGGUUCAGCACAUGUAUGGUAGGAAUAAAAAACGUGCCUGACUAUAGCUGUUGAUUGGAGCUCUCAGCUUUUGUGGUUUUUUGCGUUUUCAGAUGGUUUUAUACAUUCCAUAGAUUUCGAAAAUGACAAACUUUUGGGGGAAUUCGUUGGUGCGUUCCAAAGCAGAAGAUUUCUGGAGUUUAAUUCAAGAGGAAAUUGGGUUUGUGCCGACACAUGUUCAAAAUAUUCUCAAAUUUGAAGGUUUGACUGCAAGCAGUGCUUUCGGAUCGUUGUCACGUUGCGAUAUUGAGACCAUAGAAAAUGAUUUAAGAACUUCUGUUGUUCGAAUUCGUAAAUGGUUGGGAACAGAUGCGACUAUGUCCGACAUAUAUGGCGUGUAUGCAGACCAGCCUGAAGAAUUCAAAUUCACUUUGGGUGAUAAAUUGAUUAUACAAACUAUCGCAGAGACAAUAAAGGAAAAAGGAAUUAAACGAUUUCUUGACAGACAUAAACACACAGCUGACAGCCUUCCGGAUUUAACUACAGCUCAUAAAGAACAAGAAAUCGAAUCGUUAAUUAAACGUAUUCAAUACAAUCUUAGCAACAGUUCGUCAGAUUUGUAUUUGUGGGAAUCAUCAGCAGUCAGCUGUGAACAGGGAACUGGAGGUACCUUGGUCGCCAAAAUAUCUUGUCCCAUCUGUAAAAAGAAACUCAAAUCAACGCGCUAUCCGCCACGUUCUUGGCAAACAUUCAACGUAAUAAGGCACCUUAACGGUCAUCAAAAGACAGCCUUCGUCGAUCGAAACCUAAAAUCUGCAAAGAAAAAGAAAAUAACAUGUGCGCAAACACGUGACAUUUAUGGUGACGAAGUCCACCGAACAAAUGUUGAGCAAGUCGGAAAUGUUGAAGAUAUCGCGGUUAGAGAAAUUAUUACGAUAGAACGAAUAAAUGACGACGUCGAUUGUACCAACUACGAUAGUUCAACUGACGUUACAGACUCACUGUACUCGAUAAACUUUUUAGCUGAAUCCUCGAUUGAAACAGAUUUCGACGAAGCCAACUCAAGUGAAAUUAUUCCCACUACAUGUAGUUUUGAUCACUGUGAACAGAAACACACAAUGAAUAAAUUCCGUAAUCGUUUAUUGAACGGAGACAUGGAAAUAGGUAGCUACAUCAUUACUAAAGAACACCUUAAGCGUUUAAUCAUGACGGAGAGUAAGGACAAGCAUGGCCUAUGCUAUUCUGACAUCGAACUGAAAGGCAAAAUGAGAUUUGGACCAAUUAUCAAGCUUAUCAAUUCUAAAGUUUCGCAAUGCCUAAAAACAAAAGUAAGGGGGAGCGAAGGAACAGUUAUGCUUUUAGACAUGAUGAGUAGAAUGUAUCGAUCAUUCAUUGACACAAAUGUGACGCUUCUAGAUCGUGUGUAUAAUAUUUGGUUUGUCAAUUUCCUCGUUCGUGGUUGGAGAAACUGGUGUUUGCAAAAGCGAACAGAUUCAAAGCUUUGCAUAACAACGAAUGCAUACUACUGUGUGGAACUAAACUCGCAUGCUAUACUAAAAUUAAUUGUGGCUUGUCGCGAGAGGAGAGCACCAGAGCAAUGUAUUAUUACGCACCUUUCUAGUCAGCCUUGUGAAAAACUUUUCGCCAAUUGCGGUUGAUGGCCACGACAAACCAAACCGUUGUCAACUUCACAAUCAAAGAACUAACAGAGAAGCUCAGAAGGAUUCAAAUGAAAAUGGCCAUUAUGAAAAAGCAUCAGCGAAGUGUUAACUUUCCAGCGUAAGCAAAGAAGUGCGAAUCGUCAAUCGAACAAACAAUGCCAUCCAAUGAUGAAUUAAAAUCUGUGGUCCAAAAGCGAUGAUCGCUGCUCGUCAUGUUUUGGUGAGCCUCGCAUUAAAUGAUGAGUUGAUUGAUUUUUCUGAUUCAUUAAAUAAAAAAAAAAAACAAACAUUGAGCACUUCAGUAUCGAGUUCGUGAACGUCGAAGAUAAUUCAUGUAUUACCGACGACGACGAAAAUGAAGAGAUAGACGAUGUAGAAAACCAUUUGCAACAUGACUUACCGGAGGAAAACGAAUGUUGGCA